CAUUGAUUUGAAAGAAAUAACAUUGCUUAACAUGACUGCGAUGUUCAGCUGCUGGCUCUUUUUUCUGCUGUUCAGCCCAGCUGUUCCCAUGUGUUUACCCACUGACUUCACCCUGUAUGCGGAGAAGCCAGAGUGUGACUUCUGUGUGGCGAUAAACACCACAAUUUGCAUGGGAUUUUGCUACUCAAGGGACAGUAACAUGAGGGACAUCCUGGGCCCACGCUUCCUCAUCCAGAGAGGUUGUACCUAUGACAAGGUGGAGUAUCGCACCGCCAUACUGCCCGGCUGUCCUGUCAACGCCAACCCCAUCUUCACCUACCCCGUGGCUCUCAGCUGCCACUGUGGUGCCUGCAGGACUGACAGUGACGAGUGCGCCCACAGAGCCAGUAUGGACGGAGCUAAAUGUACCAAACCAGUUAGACGUAUUUACCCAUACCCCGGCCAGAGCAACUACGUCAUCCCUUUCUGAUUCUUUUGCUUUUCUUGUCUCUUUUAUGUUAAAAUGACCAAUAUGAAACUUAGUAAUGCAUGAAUGUUUUGAGGAAAGUCAAGUUGUAUCGUUUAGCUUUUAAUGGAGACAGUAAUGUCUGUGAUGCCUGUCCUGUUACCUAUUGUACCAGCCAGUUUUAUUGUGCCUUUGUUGAACCUCCGUGUGUGUGUGCUGCAGUCUGCUCUGCUUCUCAGUUGACAAUGGAGUUGAUCCUGGUAUGUAUUUUUGUCAGCGUCAUUAUUUAUCCUCCUGUACACUCAUGUGUGUGUGACUCCCAGACUUAUUUACUUUGAAAGCAACUCAAUUAAAGCCAAAGCCUCUAAAUAG